AUGGUGUGCCGAACAUGUGUAGGCAGAUCAUCAAGGUAUCAAUCGGCCACCUACGCUACCUCCAUCUCAAUAGACGACAGAAAGCUGCGCCCAUCUACUGGUGACAAGACUCCUACUAGCCACAUUGUGGGUCACCCCGAUGAAUCAUCUAGUCUGCUCGACGCAUCCCCAUUACCACCUACACCGCGCACGCGAUCAAUAAACGAGACCCUUGACAGUUUCGAGGCCUCAAUACAAGCAAUACAGCAUGAUAUCAAUUCUCGGGUAGCUGCUCGCACAGGGGCCACGAUCGCGAAUCUUACUGCCCUCCGCUCUUCUGAAUCUGCAGAGCCCCGUCUCUCGAACGAGGAAUCGCCCGACGACAACUACAGAGACUUUGACUCCCGGCGACGCAAGAUCAAGAAGCAAGGCUUCACCGGGUCGACUCUCUCGAGUAUCUACUCACCACAUCACAUGUGGAAGGAGCCUCCCAACCCCGAAAAAGUCACUCUCCCAAUGCUCCUCGCCGAACAAACACAUCUCGGCCACCACACCUCACUCUGGAACCCAGCCAACAGCGCCUACAUCUACGGCAUCCGCGAAGGCAUCCACAUCAUUUCCCUCGACAUCACCUACGCCUACCUCAUGCGCGCCGUCAAGGUCAUCCGCGAGGUCGCGCGCCGCGGGGGCCUGAUCCUCUACAUCGGCACACGCAAGGGCCACGAGAACAUCAUCGUGCGCGCCGCCAAGCGCGCCAGCGGCUACCACAUCUUCGACCGCUGGGUGCCCGGCACGCUCACCAACGGGCAACAGCUGCUGGCCAAGUGCGGCGUCAAGAUCGUCGACAUGCGCGACAACGAGCUCAAGAGCUACUCGGAGAUGCUGGAGCAGGGGAAACACAGCGUCAUCAAGCCCGACCUGGUCGUGUGCAUGAACCCGCAGGAGAACGAAGUCUGCUUGCACGAGUGUGGCCUGAACGACGUGCCCACCAUUGGCAUCAUCGACACGGACGUGAACCCCUCGUGGGUCACCUAUCCCAUCCCCGCCAACGACGACAGCUUGCGGAGCGUGGGCCUCAUCGCUGGCGUCUUGAGUCGGGCCGCAGAGCAGGGCCAGGAGUUGCGCCUGGCGGCUGCCGAGGAGGGCAGUACCACGUACGACACGUCCGCGGUCCAGCAGUGGAUAGAGCGGACGGAAGAGCUCGUGGACCUGGAUGUGGAGGAGACGAGCGCCGAGGAUGGCGACGAGGCUGCCGCGAAGGGCUCCAAGAAGAACGCACAGGCAGCAUGA